UCUACAGUCAUUGUCAGCACAAUGGGAUACUCCGAGGCCUACUGCCACCUCUGCGGGGUCAGCUUCAACAUCGGUCGCCACCGAGCGGUCGGCGAGCCCCUGGUAGCCACUUUCGGCGGCGAAGACGGCCUGGGGACGGACCCCGCGGACCUGGAUCUGGCCGCCUGCGCCGAGAAAGGCUGCGUCUUUGCGCUUCGCCCCCCAGACGACCCGGACGAUGACCAGCAAGCCGAAGAGCCAUACGAAUCCGACUCGGACUAUGACUCGAGUGAUGCCAUGAGCCUUCCCGAUGAUAACAAUUCCAAUCACCUGCAAACUCCCAGCACAGACGAAGCAUUAUACCACACCUUCCUCUCCAACACCCUCCGCACCGCCAAUCCCAGAGACUACGCCGGCGAACCCGUCGCCCUCUUCGCCGCCGCCACAACAAAGCAAACCGACACCCUCAUCCCCAUCCCCAUCCCCUCCGCCCCCGAAUCCCCCCCGGACGACCUCGAACACAUCCCCGCCCCCACCUGCGGCAGCGACCCAACCGCCUACCCGGGCUCCGCCAUCUCCCUGGCCGAAAUGCGCGGCUGCCGCACCGCCCAGUUCCUCAUCCACAAGUCCCAGGCAGCCGAACCGUGGCGUCCGGACGGGCUCCACGAGGACUGGGAGGUGACGGGGGACUGGUUCCUCUCGGGCCUCUGCGACGGGAUGCGCUCCCGCGAUUGCGGAUUCCCGGACGUUUGGCCUGCAAGGGGGGGCGUGCGGACUGUCAGGGCGGAUAAUGUUACGUUUCAGCCCGUCGAUCCCCACGAGAUCGCCAUGCCCAUCCACCCCUGGUGCCUCGACAUAUUCAUCCGGCAAUCAAAACAACACUUCCAGAAAGUCGACCUCGACAAGCUCUUCAAUUGGCGCAAUUCCGAGUUCAGUUAUGAGGAGUUUCACGCGUUCCCGCGGGCAGCGGACGUGUUUGAGGCCCGGGAGCGAUGGUGGAACCAUGUGCCGGGGAAGGAGUAUCUAGCGGCGAACCCGCUCUACGUGCCGGGAUUACCGGGGUUGCUGGCCGAGGCGACGCAGCAGAAGUCGGGGUCUCGUGGAUUGGAUGAUGGGCAGCAGAAGACCGCGGUUAGCUGCGAUCCGCUGGGUUCUCUCCCGCUGGAUCUGCGGCUGCAUCUCGUCGGCUUCCUCGGCGCGGAGGAUCUCGCGGCUCUGCGUGCGGCGUCGCGGGCGUUUACGGAUUUGCCGAAUAGUGUUUGGUAUCGGCUCGUGCGGGAGGAGAUGCCCUGGUUGUGGGAGGCGUGGGGGGCGGUCGGGAUGGAGGAGCAUACGCCGUCGUGGUGGACGACGGUAACUGUGAGGGAGGCGCGGUUUAUGUACGAGGCGCGGAAGCAUUAUGCUGAGGUUUUGAGGGAUGAGAGUCCGGAUGAUCAGGGUUUGGUCGACUACCUCGCUCCGCGGCCGGUUGGGGUGCCGGAGCUGGUGAAGUUGGAAAAGGCGACUACGGACUGGCAUUACGUGUAUACUCAGAUCAAGUCUCGCUGGGGGCGGCUGAAGGGAUUGCGGAACCGGCAACGGAUCUGGUUGGAUGUGGAGGAGAUUAUUCGGAGGAUGCAGGUUGCUGAGGGCUAGGAGAAGAUUCAGUCUCAAUAAUUAGGCCUUGGUAAAUAAGGGUGUGC